UUGAACUAAAGUUAAGUUAAAACAAUAACAUAUUUGAUCAGGUUUUGUCACCAGUUUUCAAAAUUUAUAGUGAUUUUCGGAUCUCUAGUGGACUCAAGCGUUUAACAAUGACCGACGAUAAUUCAGCAUCAAAGAGCGAAAAUAUAAUACCUGUUUUUCUAAGUAAUUUCGAUGAAAAGGAGCAGGUGCGUCAACUCUUCUUAUACCUUCACAACUUGCAAGACCGCUUGCGGCAUGGCAUUCAGGAGCAUCAGAAGGUAAUGCAGUCGUCGGUGAAGUUGCUCAAGGAGGUGGGCGAUGUGAAUGACAUGAUGCAGCUCGCGAGGUGUGGCCACCAGGCCGAGGCCACCAAGAUUCAGCGCCUGAUUGUGGGUUUCGAGGCGGCGGUUAAUGCGGUGAACGCCGCGCAGACCUCCGGCGUGGCGGGCAUGAGCUUGCCUUCUGACCUCACCGAGAUUCAAAGUCUGUUGAUGGAAUUUGAGCACCUCAAUGAGAGCCAAGUUCUGCGGGAGAGCCUGGAGAACUUCAAUCGUGCCCGAGACUCUCUGGAGAAGGUUCUCGGCUUUCUAGAAAAGAUUGGCAGCGAAUCUUCACGGCCGUCUCCACAAGGAAGUCAACUCUUUGGGUGUCCCAGUGCCAGCCGCAGCUUGCGCGAGAAGAUUGAAGCCUUCAACAAGGUCUUAGAUGCGGCACCCGAGAAGCUGGGCGAUACCUGCCGUCAUUUUAAAGAGUGCUUCUGUAGCUGCUGCACUUUGGACGAGUCCUUCGAGUCCAAAGGGCACAAUCCCCUCCCCGUUGCCUCGAAAACAAAUUCGGGCUACGAGGGGGACAUAGACAGCGAAGUAGAGCAGCCGGAGCAGGCCAAUAACGAAUCGAAGGCCGAUCGGUAAAAAAACUGAUAUUGGUGAAGAGCAAGCAUUAAACACAUUUAAUGCAAUUUAGUUGCAUUUAGAAGUAUCUUUUUUA